AUGGUUAUUAACAGAUACCUCCAUAAGGAAGAAUUUAUUGUGUUUGAACUAGACAGGCCAGAAGAUGAUCCACUUGCAAUUCAGUUAAGGUUCGAUACUCCACUAGAUUUGCAAAAAGAAAUAGAGUUAUUGCAAAAAUGCAAAAUAAAAAAUGCAUUACCUGCUAAGUCCACGAAUUCUGAAUCUGAAAAAGCUAAAAAAAAAAUCAAAAUGAAAAAGGCCAGAUCUUGUAAAGGAACUCUCACACGAAUAGCCUAUUGCUGUAGAGUUUUAUUUGGUCGAAUAACUGAUAAAAAGGCCUCACCUAAAGAUAUUAUUAAAGGAACUUGGUGCAGACAGUGCCAAUAUCUUAAUAUUGAUAUAGCAAAUAAUAUUGCACAAGAAUGGGGUGGCAAAUGCUUUUCUACAGAAUAUAAAAAUACAAAUACACCAAUGCAUUGGUGUUGUAUCCAAGGUUAUGAGUGGUAUGCCCCUCUUACUCGAAUAAAAGAUAAAGGUAGAUGGUGUGCACAAUGUGCUAGUAUCAAACUUUGUGGUCUUGAAGCUUGUAAGGAGAUUGCAUACAGUAAAGGCAGUAUAUGUUUUUCUACUGAAUAUAAAAAUAUUAAUGUUUUAAUGCAAUGGGAAUGUAGUAAAGGCUAUAAAUGGUUUGCUAGUUUUAAUGGUAUAAAGCAUGCUAAAACAUGGUGCCUAUAUUGCUUAAAUAAACAUGAAAAUUUAUGUCGUAAAGUCAUAACAAAGAUUCUUGGCCCACCUUCUGUUAUUCGCAGACCAAAUUUCUUAAAAACACCAGAGUAUCCUCGAGGAUUAGAACUCGAUAUUUAUUAUUCACAGUAUGGAUUUGCAAUAGAGGUACAGGGUAAACAACAUGAGCAAUACGUAAAGCACUUUCACAAGACUUUAAGAAGUAAUGCUAUUGAGAAAUCUUUCCCAGUUGAUAUUGAUAAAGGCAUGACCAUUGGGCACCUCAAAGAGUUAAUCAAGGAGAAGAAAAAGAAUGCCUUUGCCAAUAUUGACUCAAAUGAACUGAGGCUGUGGAAGGUGGAUAUUCCUAUCGGUAUGGAAAACAAAAACAUGAAAAUAUUUGCCGAAAACAUUAAUAAUUAUAAAGGUGUAGAGUUGCUCCCAAAUGCUACUAUGGAAACAGUUUUUUACAAAGAAUCUGAAAAUACUAAAUUUUUUAGCAUCCGCAUCAUCGCACAACCGCCUGGAUCACUUUCCACCCCAAUGAAACGACCAGAUGAAUCUCAAUUUUAUAACCGUGAACCUGUUACUUCUUAUGAGGAAGAAUUUUGGAAUGAACUUUCUGACGUGUAUAUUGUCCUUAAACUAUCAGAUAAUAUUGAUAAAACUAUGUUUGUGUCUGGACCAUUAUCCGAAUACAUAAGUGUUAAAGGGAACGAAAUUGUGUUGAGUAACUGUGUAAUAUUAAAUGCACAAAAUGAACUAAUACUUAAUAAUGGUGAACCUGUAAUGGGGGAAUUAACAAAGAUUAAAAUGAAUUUUGUGAAAUUCCUACGUUUCCGUAAAUUGCCAUAUGGAAUUGUCUAUGGAAUAUCAACACAGGAUAUAUUAAUAAAGGAGUCAUAUUUGCAGAUGAUUGAAAAGAUUGAAUACGAUCGUACUUAUUAUGAAAAAAGAGGUUGUAUUAUAAUUGGAUCACCUGGCAUUGGAAAAACACACUUUUCGCUAUAUUUAGCUUUUUAUUUGGCUCGUCGAUAUUUCCCAGCAGAUAUAAUCUAUGAGCAGUUAUUCCAAGAUCAUUCCCGUGCCCUUCAUGUCAAACCAAAUAUAAGUGUAAUAAAAAUUCUUGAUCUAAUACGUGAAUUUCCACAAGAUAGCUUUUAUAUUGCUGAUUCUGUAAUUCCCGCUCCAUGGAAAACGAUAUUCACGUUUCUGGUUAUGAUGCCAAAAAGUGGUCGGUGGCAUGAAUUUGUAAAGGGGCAUGUUAGGAGGUAUUAUGCACCAAUCUGGACUGAAGAUGAAAUUUGGGACGUUUGGAAUGUAACAUAUAAAACUGAAAUAUCAGAAAAUCAAGUCAAAGAGUUGAUUACACGAUGGGGGUGUAUCUCACGAAGAAUUUUUGAUGAAUAUGACGAAGAGCCGAAAGUUAAUGAUGUAGUUUCUCAGUGUGAUGCUUACGCUUACCUUAAAAAUGAUGGAGGAGAUUUAGGUGACAACUAUUCCGGAAAAGCCAUAUAUAUAAUUCCUAACAUUGAUUUCACUGAUAAAACAUACAUUCCCGCUUCACCAGAAAUAUGUGCUGGCAGUACAUUAGCCGGAAAAUUUUUUGAAAUGGUUGCACAUGAUAUUUUGAGAAAAGGUGGCACUUUUACAGUACGACAGUUAACCAAAGACGGCAUUAAGCAACCUGAAAAACUUCAACUUCAAAAUUUGCCACAAAAACAGUUUCAUAAUAUUAAUGAAAUAGUUCCGGGGUAUUAUAACAUUCCCAAAAAUGUAAAUUUUGAAUCUGUUGACUCUAUUGCACCUCAACGUAAUGGAAUUCAUCAUUUAUAUCAAAUUAUGGCAGCCGAAACAUAUAAUAUAAAGGUAAACGGUCUCAGUAAAUUGGAAAAUCACCUGAAAGACCUAACAAUUCAUCUAUAUUUUGUUGUUCCAAACAUGGACGACACGUUUAAUAAUUUUCAUUUCCAGAAGUAUGUUAUGUCAGGAAACAUAGAAUAUUCAGGAUGGCAUUUAACACAUACUGAAUGGAUUAGAGAUAAUAUAGCUCAAUAUGUUCUCUUGAUCAAUUUGUCAGAUUUUAAUUAG